AGUUUAUCCCGAGACGAGACUGUCUUUCGGAAAUACGCCCUCCUCGGUGACGAUAUAGUCAUCGGGGACCCGAAGGUGGCGUCUGUCUAUCGUAAAAUGAUGGUUGAGCUGGGGGUGAAAAUCUCUUUACUCAAGUCACUUGUCUCCAGUCGAGGCUCUAUGGAGUUUGCCAAGCGCUUCUGCAGUUGGUCUCGAGACUUGUCACCUCUUUCAGUUAAAAUGAUGCGAUCGGCCAACUUUUCAGUUGCUUGGAUGGCAGUGCUUAAUCAU